AUGAAGUUGACAGGCUGACAAGCCAGCCAGCAAGUUAGUUAGGUAACGGGUAGUCACGGGAAUUGUGAUUUGCAUGAACAAUUCUAACUGUCAAUGUCAUCCAUUUGGGCAAUUUCUAACUAUAAUUUAACAUAGCGAAUGUUAGAAAUCCCAGAGGUCCAGGUAGGCACUUCUCAGCACAGUGGACCAAGUUCCUGGUAAGCUUGCUAGCUGAUGCGAGCUAGCUAGCUACAUUUUAGCCACCAGACCUUCUUCAAGUUCAAAACUUGGAAUCAGCGGUGUCUUACCUGAGCCUUACCUCCAUCAUGCCUUUUCCUUUUGGAAAAUCUCAAAAGAGUCCAGCCGAGAUAGUCAAGGCUUUGAAAGAAAAUGUUGCAUACAUGGAAAAGCUGGAUGUUACCGAGAGCAAAAAGUGUGAAAAGGUCGCAGAGGAGGUAUCAAAGAAUCUGUCAUCACUCAAAGAGGUGCUGUGUGGAACAGGGGACAAGGAGCCUCAAACUGAGGCAGUGGCUCAGCUUGCACAAGAGCUGUACAACACCAACCUCCUCAUUGCUCUCAUUGCAAAUCUACAGAGGAUUGACUUUGAGGGGAAGAAGGAUGUGGUGCAUUUGUUCAGCAACAUUGUGCGACGCCAAAUCGGUACUCGCACACCCACAGUAGAAUACAUCUCAUCGCACCCCCAGAUUCUCUUCAUGCUUCUGAGGGGAUAUGAGAGUGCAGAGGUGGCCCUGAACUGUGGAAUGAUGCUAAGAGAAUGCUUGCGUCAUGAGCCUUUGGCACGGACGGUCCUGUUUUCUGAAGAAUUCUAUUCCUUCUUCCGAUAUGUGGAGCUGUCAACUUUUGAUAUUGCCUCGGAUGCAUUUGCCUCAUUCAAGGAUCUUCUCACAAGGCAUAAGAUUAUGUGUGCAGAUUUCCUGGAGACCAAUUAUGACAGGGUGUUCACAGAAUAUGAGAAGCUACUGCAUUCUGACAACUAUGUAACCAAACGUCAGUCUUUGAAGCUCCUUGGGGAACUUCUCCUGGACAGACACAACUUCACUGUAAUGACCAAGUAUAUCAGUCGGGCAGAAAACUUGAAGCUGAUGAUGAACUUACUAAGAGAUAAUAGCCGCAAUAUUCAGUUUGAAGCAUUCCAUGUCUUCAAGGUAUUUGUUGCAAAUCCCAACAAGACUCAGCCUGUGCUGGACAUACUGCUGAAGAACCAAACCAAGCUGGUGGACUUCCUGAGCCACUUUCAGACAGAUAGAUCAGAAGAUGAGCAGUUCUGUGACGAGAAAAACUAUCUGAUAAAGCAGAUACGGGACCUGAAGAGGCCCACAGCACCAGACGAGGCAUAAGGGAUAACUGCCCCACCAGGUGGUAUUGGUUUUACAGAUGGUGGUUGAAGUUACAGAGCACUUGGAGAAUGGGAAAUGAGAGCGUGAGAGACGUGCUUCACUAGGAUCUAAUAUUUACUUAAAAAACAUAAAAAUGUACUAAGUGAAAAAAUGCAUCCUUUACUCUUGAUUUAUUAAUGUUGACAUUGACGCGAUUUCCAAAGGGCCCACAAAGGAUGGGACAAGAACCUGCAUUUAAACCACAGUGCUUUUCUAGUGACAUUGAAAUACAUUGAAUGAGAUUGUUAAUUGGAUCCCACAUAAACUGUGACACUUAGAUAAACAAUUUUCUCAGUUUCUCUGGCAAAGACCUUACCAUCACAUCCAAAGCCUCGUUUUAAAAUAACGCGCAAAUCCUAAAGGCCAUUGUCCACCGCAAGUGUUUUUGACAUGGUGUGCGUCGGAGCCGACACACAGCCAUUUUAUCCAAUGUUGCUUUGUCACUGGGUGUGGUUGCCACGCGGGGGCCAAGCAGAACAUGCACUGCAUUUUUGCAGAUCUAUUCUUUUUCCACUUUUAAGUCUAUUUCCCUGGACCCUCCUAACUCAGUGAAGCGUGGAAAUACACUUUUGAACAUUAUCAACUAUAUUAUUCACUAGGAAGAUAUUUUAUGUAAAAAUUAAUACAUCAUAUUAUCCCUUGCGAGUCAAAAUUUCAGUUUCCCAGAACAAAUGACUGCUAUAUAGUAACUAAUUUCCCCUCUGGACGGAUUUCCCUGUAGCCUAGUUUUUCUGUCUUGUCAGCCUUGUCUAUCCAGAUAUGGAGGAAAUAUGUGUAGCACUAUUUAUUCAUUGACAAAAAAACCUCUUGGGUCACUAUCUGAUCUAACUGAAGUACAAUAACACCACAAAUUAUACCAAACAUUGUUGCUCUCUCAUUUCCCUGAGAUGCCACUGGUGGACAUUACAAAUGAUAGCCAAAUGCAACACGUGCAACAAAUCCAUUCACCUUAAAGGUAGAACGAGUAGGAUUUGUCCGGUUGCGGUUUGUAAACACAACAUUCAAAGUUGGCACCUCCUCCCUGACUCGGCACCAGAAGCACGUGCCCCCAGACCGCAGUUGCCCGAACACAUCCCAGUAGUGUACAGGCCAUCUCCACGUCAUUCUACAUUCCCAUCCUCUCUUUCAGUGCUUGCCAGUGGGUGAAAGCCAACCCCAGAUUCACUCUUUUUUUGGAACAAGCUUUGUCCACUUUGACGUUUCACUUCACUAUAUUUGUGUCUUUUCCGUGCUAUGUUCGCCAUUGUCAUAGCUUCCUCUUCGAUGCGUGUUUACGAUCUUGAUCUGGUACCUGGUCGCUACGUUUUCAUAGAGUUGUCCUUUCCAAAGGUUAACACCCACAAACAUCCUGUACUCAGCAAAAUAAGAAAAUACAGGCAGAUGACAGGGUCUCUGCUAUACAAACACCGCCACACAUGUCUAGUGGGUCAUAAGUGAUGAUUGAGAGAGAUUAUUUUUCCAUGAGUCUAUACGUUGGUUUUUAGGAAAAUCUUACUUGUUCUACCUUUUAAAUAAUUUCUUUUUAGAGAAAUGUCAAUAUUUGAGAUGAUAAUAUAGAAGAUUUUGAAUAAUUUACCAAUGGAAAUUUAAUAGUAAUAUUCUGACGCAAAAUCUUUCUUAUACAUCACUUUCUCUAUGUAGCAUUGGUUAUUGCCCUGGGAAUCUAAUGAUUUGAAAUAUGAUUUAAGUAGAAUUACAUUUGAAUUAUAUUCACAAGGUUAGCACAUGGUAGUCUUAGUGAUUAUUAUAGUGAAUACUGCAGAUCUUUGGUGUGUGUGUGUAAGGUUACUGGGGCCAGAAGUUAUUCCGCCGUACUUGCUGGUGCAUUAGCUGGGACUGAAAGAGAAAUCAAAAUCAUGGAGGAAUCAAUUAAUAGUGCCUGACUUUUAGUUGGGCUCUUGCCAGCAAGGGUCAAAACUAAAAUAGAAACAAUGCAUCAAAUAAUGCUGCAGGGUAUCAACCAGACAUCAGUUCAUUGUUAACAUGGACACUCAGUAUGUUCUCAAUGAUCUCAAUGGGAGUGCUCAUUUGUAUACCCUGGUAAUGAGAAUGGAUUUUGAAGCAUUUCUUUGUAAAUUCUCAGAAACGAAAAUGGAACAGGGUGUAUGGGAAUGAAUAAUGCCAUAUAGCAAUGCACUGUAGGUUUCAGGACUCAAAAAAAAUUCAGCGAAUUUUCAUCAGACGGGAUGCCAUCUCAGGCUUUGCGUCUUUGCAGACAGGCACUUGUAAACAGAACAAAAUCAUUAGCAUUGCUAACAGUUUACUAGAGUGGUGCCUACAAGGCAGUAUAGUGCAUCAUAAGCAUGUUAUUUGUGUAUUAUAAUUUUAUCAGACCGUGAAAGAAUGUAUUAUCAUUUUAAUGAACUUGGGAUGUUAAAGACUUUGCUAUGAUAUGCUAUCUCCCUUUAGGGGUUUGGGCCCAAAAGAGAAUUGGGAAAUUUUUGCAAGAGAAACAUGGCCACUGUUUUCAAGAGAGAUGGCAAUGUAAGAGGGAUGUCUUUUUCACGUUUCACCUGUCUGGACUCAAAAGGCAACUAGAUUUUGUGCUUGGCCUGAGCAUUCGAAACCAUUGUACAUUUAAUAACCAGUAAAGGCAAAUUAUGCACUGAGGACCUUUUUUAUUUAAUAUCUUGUUAAAACAAAGGUUUAUUAUCUGUUUGAUUAUUUACUCUGGUAAAAAUAGCCACAAAAGCUACAUGACCUAGAUCUGAGGCAAACUGAAGUCACACGAUCACAGCUCAAAAUAGUUCUGCUGCACAACAAAGUGUCUAUACAGAAAUUCACAAGUGUGGUGAGUACUAUAAAGGAACGACUGUAACUCAAAUUUCAUCCCACAUUCUGCAGAAUGAUGUCGUCUGUGAUUCCGCACACCGUUUGUAUUACAUUGCAGUUUGCUUAUGAUGCAUCAUUCUGCACUUUAAUGUCAAGUUAUGACCUGCACUGUUAAACCCAGAACAGGUUUGUUUGGGGUGAUGCUUAUCGAAUAAAUUUCCUCGCCCGACAGUUGGACAGCUUGAAAAGGGUUCUGUAGAAAUAACAGAACAUUGCCUUGCUCGUCAGUCACUAGUUUCAUUUGACGUAUUUGAAGAAAUAUGUCGUCUGU